GGCUCUGUCACCUCACAGUUGUCGUUGCCGGUGGCGGGUGCGGGGGCGCGACCAGCGCAGGGCCGCCUUUCCCCCGCCCCUCAGGCCCUGUCCGGGCCCGCUCCCCCCGCUCCCCCCUCUCCCUCCGCUCCCCACCCCGUCGGGUACGGGAAGGUCGGUCCGAGCCGCUGCCGGGUGCCAAAGGGACGUCGUGGCCGCCGCCGCCACGGGUCCCGAUGGAGCCGCCGAAUCUCUAUCCGGUGAAGCUCUACGUGUACGACCUGUCUAAGGGCCUGGCCCGGCGGCUCAGCCCCAUCAUGCUGGGGAAACAGCUGGAAGGCAUCUGGCAUACCUCCAUAGUUGUACACAAGGAUGAAUUCUUCUUCGGCAGUGGCGGUAUCUCCAGCUGUCCCCCGGGAGGGACAUUGCUUGGGCCCCCAGACUCUGUGGUUGAUGUGGGGAGCACAGAAGUCACAGAAGAAAUCUUUCUGGAGUACCUGUCUUCCCUGGGGGAGUCUCUGUUCCGAGGUGAGGCCUACAACCUCUUUGAACACAACUGUAACACCUUCAGCAACGAAGUGGCCCAGUUCCUGACCGGGCGGAAAAUCCCUUCUUACAUCACUGACCUUCCCUCUGAAGUUCUUUCCACACCCUUUGGACAGGCACUGCGGCCCCUCCUGGACUCCAUCCAGAUCCAGCCUCCCGGAGGGAACGCCAUCGGCAGACCCAACGGCCAGAGCUAACAGGACUGCAUGGGACCGCCCUGCCUCGCCGGGGCUUUUCCUUUUUAAACAAAACAAACCCUACCAGAUUUCUAUUUUAUAAUUUUACAUCAGAGCUAAUAACCAGGGGACGGCUUUUUAAAUUUCCCAGGGAAGGAGAUCGUCAGGCCUCGUGUAGGGCAAUGCUGCUAAGAAACAGAACAAAAUGCCAUCCCUUCUAAUGGUAUUAUACUAAUUUAUUAAGGCUGUUUUGUCUGUGAGUUCACUUUUGACGCUGUUUCUUAAGCGUCCUCCACAUGGAGAAAGGGAGGGGGUUUGCUUAAGCAGAAAGCAAGAGACAGUUUAGGGAGCCCCAUCCUAGAACCUCUUUCCAGAAAACGCCCACACUCCACCCAAGUUGCCAUCCCCCAUGGGACCCAGGUGAGUUUGACAACACCCAUGGCCCUGAAGCCAUGGGUGAUAAAUGAACCAAAGGUUUUGGUGCACAUGGGACCAUUUUCAGGAUGACUGACCCAAUCUAAGUGAACUCCAUAGCCACCUCUGUCACCUCCCCUCCCCACUCUUGGGAGACCAAGCAAGGGCACAGGGCUGGGGCAGCCAGAAGCUUCAGGAAUAAGGGAGUGUGACAGCAAGUGUCAGGCCAGAGAAAACAGGAUAAAGCCAUUCAUUCCUCCUCCCACCCAGACCGAUUGCCAAUCCUCCGACGACGUUGUUUUUAGAAAACCUGCCUUGCUACCUACAAUGACGGGACGGGUUUCCUCCACUUAGCUGACCUAUCAGACAGAGUGAAUGAUGGUCUGGACUGAGGGCAGGAGACCCAGGCCUUUGUCUGCAAAUCAUAAUAGAGGUUAUUUGCAGUCACUGUAACCACCCCGCUCAAACCAGUAUGCAGUAUUAGGCUGGGAACCGGUCUCCCUCGGUUCAGAGCAGAUAUAGGAGGUAUGCCUGAUGUAGGAAGACUAGUAAUAAUCAAGAUGGCAAGGAAGUCCAGAGUUAUUUCUGGUAGGGACUUUGACCUGAUCCUAAAUGUGUGGUUAAGACAUACAUUAUUUCUGUUGUGAUUCGUUAAGGAGGCCUGGUGGGGGCAUGAGUGGGCCCCUUCCUAAUGACCUCCUGCUAGGAGCUUAUAUAGCAGGGAGCAGUCUGGAGGGCUCUGAUCUGGAGGCUUUUGGAUUCCCUUCCUUCACGUGAGCCUCCCCGACAUUCGUUUUUGGGGAAGUGAGCAUAGAGAAGGAACUCUGAGCUUCCAAGUGCCCGAGUCUCAGCUCUGGCAUCCUUGGCUCAUGCCCUUCCUAUCACAGUUCUGCACCACAUCUCAGACUUUGUGUAUGAUGUUGCCCCCUCCUGGGGGUCUGGCCUGGAGCAGGUGCCUUUCCUCUCCCCAAAACUGCUGCUCCUCUCUGGCCCCACCCUCUCCCAUCUCUGCUUUCCACCAUGUAGUUGACGCCAUCAGGGUCUCAGCUAGAGGAAAGAUGUUUUUCUGCCUCAAUGUUGACCUGUGACCUGGACAGGGGCAUGUCCAGCUGUGGUGUCAGGUGACACUUUGAGACAUUAAGGUUGGAGGCCAAACCAGUGAGCAGUUUAAUUCUUCUCAAGACCCACUAGUUUGCCAGCGUGCAUGGUUUAAUGAUACAUUAAAGCAGAAACUAGCAGGGCUGUUGCUCAGUGUUGACUUGCUGGCAGAAUUGGGCCCAAGGAGGGUGGGUUUCAGAGGCUGGAUAUCUCCCGGGGAGAGUAACAAGUGGGCCUAGGCCAUUGCUCGGCUUCCCACCUGGGUUUCUGUCCUGUCAGUUGCUCCAGCUUGCCUUGCCCAGCCCUCUCUCUCUGUCUGGAGGGCACCAGGCAUCACAAGCUCCUUUUCUUCCCACCCCCACCCACCUAUGUCCAGGCUUACCAGGUUUUACUUCUCCCAGCAGUCACCUCCAGACCCAGGGCUAUCCUGAGAAGUUUCCCUAAGUGGCUCCCCUGAGAGAUUUUGAACCACUUGCUUCAGUGAACAGCCCCUUUGGUGCCCAACAGCCAGUUAUGCCAAUGCCUGUGCCCGAGGGUUUGUAGGGGAGAUGUGGGGGGCAGUCAGCAGUCUUCCCAGAGCUCUGCAGGAAGGCAGGCUUUCCCCACGCCAGCCCCCUCCCCCGUCACUGGCUUUGGAAGCUCAGGCCCAGGCCAGGACCCCAUCCUCAUGUUUCUGUCUACCCCUGAGCCUCAGGAGCAUGCUCUUUGUGAUCAGCCAACUCCACGCGGGCGUGUGCAGGGAAGCAGAGUGGGAAAUGAGUCUUACGUGUGACUGCGUCGCACAACGGAACCACCUCCAUAGAGCUCCGUGGGUUUAACGGCGCAGGGAAGGAGGAGAGAUGAGACUGUCCCCCUUCCAGAAGUUAAGCUUGUACCUUUGAAACUCCUUUAUGCCCUUGAAGUCCAACUAAUAAUUGUAUCUAGUAUGGAGGUGUUUGCUGGUUUUCUUUGGUGUUUUUUCUAAUGCAAUAAACUCAUUUCUGCCUGC